UACUCUUUUCCAUUUAUCCCAUGCACUGCUGGGCCGUAUAUUUAUUUUCUUUGUUAAUAUAUACACAGCUACACAACUACACAGCUACGACCUACGACGGUAAAGAUUUCAUCAUCCCAGUAACUGGCCUAUGCAACCUCCCAUCUUCAGGCUGCGUCCGCUUCCUAAUCACGCUAAUGGGAGAACAAUCAGGCGUGCCUACCCUGUACCUAUAUUUACUUCGAGGUUUAUCAGGAUCUGGAAGAAAAUCUCAACAACAAGGCAAGAGAGAGACUUGUAUGUUGUUCUAUUAAGACUUACAGUGUCUGAAAACAUUAUCCAAAGUAUCAAGAUUCCCUCCCUCCUUGCGAGAAAAUCAUUCCAUUAUUUACGAUUCUUUCUCAAAUGAUCUCCGUCAUUCCUUUUUCAAUCUUAACCCACCAGUCCUAAAAAAGGUAUCCUACAAUCAAUUAAUCAAAUCGCAUUACCGGGGACUUUGAUGCUCACGAACUUUCCAUUUGAUUCUUCUACCAUCGGCGAAUUUAGAGCAGCAAAGGCUGCUCGCAUUCACGACGUCUUCCGCAAAGAAAAGAAAGCUCUCCCCGCAGAUUGUACCAGGCAUAGAAACCGAUCGAGGUCCUGAUUUCCCCAUAUCAUCGGUGGAAGGUCGCGGAUCACAAUCCCCCACCGAUCUGCCUUUAUUCGACACUUCUGCCCAAGAAAUUCACCGUGCGGAAUCUCUACCUUCAAAUACCGUACCCUCACAUCUGCAAACAUCUUCGACCCUUCCUGCCGGAGACUGUAUCUCCUCUGCGGCCAGUUCGCCGAGCGCAGCCUACGCGGGUUUAUCGAUAGAUAGCGAUAAAGGCGGGGAAUUUACUAGCAGCAAAAAUCGAAGAAGAUUUCCCUCCGAGCCCUUCGAAUCAGAGCAGCAAGGAAGAUCUCCAAGACAUAGGGCCAUUAUGGGGGGCGCAGAAGACACGCCGCACAGGUCAUCAUCACCGUUAAAAAGACCAGCCUCGGAAUUGGAACCAGAUGCACCGUCGUCAAGCCAAAAGGAAGAUGUUGACAUGGUCAUGGUCCCGGACGUAGACGAAGAUACAGAGAAUGCUAUUGCAGCUCCAACUGCGGUCAGAGCAGCAUCAAUCGAUAUGCUAAGAGAUGGGUCUACUAUCGAAGCCAGUGCUCAUCCUGGACCGGCUACCGAGAAUGGUCCAUUCAAUGGUAUUACCCAUUUGUGUUGUUUGUGAAUGAAAUUGCUGACAUAUACAUGUAGACCCUAAAUCAGAAGUCCCACCGAUCGACUUUCAGGUUUCGACUGUAACAACAUUGUGCAGAGCAGAGAGCGAGCGACAACGCAGCGAGGGGCGUGAAGGAGACAAGACAUUCCUAGUUUCCAAGAAGUGGCUUGAGAGAGUCAUUUCGAGGACCUCUGAAGCUAGAGCGAAGAGCAAGGAAGCCUUGGAGGAAGAGAUUGGGCCAAUUGAUAACUCUGACAUCAUUCAACAAAUUAUCCCUCAACCGGGUCGGGAAGAUUUCGUUCAACUUAAGCAUGGCAUCGGAGAAGAUCUUUUCGAAUUGUUUCCGGUCGACGCGUGGGAAAUGGUCCUGGAAUGGUAUGGCUUAAUGAAUGGUACGAAAGCAGUCGUUCGAUUCGCACACAACACAAACCCGGACAAGAGUCCUGACGCGAUACCGAACGUGGCCUACGAAUAUCAUCCUCCGGUUUUCCGCAUACACCGUGUAUGGUCCGAACUUGGCAGUAGGGUGGAUGCAACCACAAAGUCGGAAAAUCCGGACGCGCCUGUAAUUGUCGCGAGCAGAUCAAUGAGAAUGCAUGACUUCUUGAAACUUGUAAAGGAGGUUGCACGGAUUCCCAUGAAGCAAAAGAUACGUCUUUGGAGGGUGCCAAGAACGUUGCCUGCCGCUGAGCCAGCCGUAUCAACUGCUGUUGGUACCUCUACUCCUCCUGCGUCUAGACCUGGUACGCCAGCGGCUGAUGAUAAUGCCACAAGCUCUGAAGCACAAGAUUCAUGGAAGAAGUUAUUGUUGGAUGUAACAGAAUUUACCAAGGUGGAGAGAGAUUCGGGCAGGAUUAAGGUUGAUUUCGAGGAUUCGACUGUGAAUGACAAUUACAAUGGCCGGUCGGAUUUGGAUUUCUGUGGGCUUGGGGAUGACCAAGCAAUCGUCGUUGAUGAACUGGUUGAAGGCAAAGAUGGCUACGUCUCGAACACAAAGCCAUCGCCGAACGGCAAGCUCAAUGGUGCCGGGCGUAAAAGCAAUUCCAGUUUCAUCGUCAGCAGCCAAAAUAACAGUGGCCGCAAUAGCCCAGCACCGUCAUCUGGAUACAACCUUCGUUCUUCCAGUCGAAGAUCGAAGAAUGGACGGACGCCAGGAACUGUCGGCCUUAGUAACCUUGGAAACACGUGUUACAUGAAUUCUGCUCUGCAGUGUGUUCGAAGUGUGGAAGAGCUAACCAAGUAUUUCUUGAAUGCUUCGUACAAGGCAGAGCUUAAUGGUGAUAAUCCUCUUGGUCAUGGAGGUGCCGUGGCGGAGUCAUAUGCGGAUCUCCUGAGAGACAUAUACAAGGAACCUCCUCCUAUCUCAGUCCAACCACGCUAUUUUAAGAACACUGUCAGCAGAUUUGCCACCCAAUUCUCUGGAUAUGGUCAACAGGAUUCUCAGGAAUUUAUUGGAUUUUUACUUGAUGGUCUCCAAGAAGAUCUCAGCAGAGUGAAGAAGAAGCCGUAUAUCGAGAAGCCCGAUUCAACUGAUGAAAUGAUCGGAAACCCGGAAGCAAUCAGAGAGAUGGCCACGAAGGUCUGGGAUAUCACAAAGCAACGAGAUGACUCGGUAAUUGCAGAUUUAUUCACUGGAAUGUACAAGUCCACUCUUGUCUGUCCACAUUGUGACAAGGUCAGCAUCACUUUUGAUCCUUUCAACAACAUGACUUUGCAACUCCCAAUUGAAAAUAUGUGGACCCGUACGGUCGCUUUCUUUCCACUCAAUGAUAGACCAGUCUCCAUUGCUGUUGAGAUCGACAAACAUGCAAGCUUUGGGACACUUAAACGUUGGGUCAGCAAAAAGGUCGGAGUUCCAGUGGAGAGAUUGUUUACUUGUGAGGUGUAUGAAGGCAAAUUCUACAAAUGGUACCAUGAUCAUCUUCUUCCCACAGAAGCCGUUGAAAACAGCAAAGAUUUGGUUACGCUGUUCGAAUUGGAGGCGCCACCCACAAAUUUGCCAAAGCCUGAGAAAGCUAAGCAAAAUACGUUUGGCAAAAACAAUUCCGAAGUUGAUGAACAUUUGCCUUGGGACUCCCCCGAGGCUGAGAGGUUACUCGUUCCUGUGUUUUAUCGUCGUCUCAAGCACGGAUGGAACAAAAAGAAUAAUUCAUGGGACAUCACAACCACUCCUCAUUUUAUAGUAGUUAAUCCUCAAGAGGUAAGAUAUUCCUAGCUUUGUCACCUUAAAACUUUGCUUUCAAAUCAUUGACAUUAUGGCAGGCACGAAGUGAAGAAGCAAUCAGGCGAAAGGUUUUAGAAAAGGUUGCAACGUUUACCACGUGGCCUCGUUUCAAUGAUGAAGACGAUCCUUCAAGCGCGUCUGAAAGUAUCGACCCGGACCUGGUCGUCACUACUGGUUCUGAUGCAGACUCGUCUGGAGACGGUAAAUUUGUUGCCCAUUCUUUGGACGGUGAAGACGAAUUAGUCGACGUAGCUAUGAAAGAUUCUAAUUCUGCUCCUGAACCUGUUGUGGAUCGUCCCGCGUAAGUUGACUUCUUCUGUACACGCUACACAAAGCUAAUUACCUGAUAGUGCUCCUCUGAAAGCCUUCAACACUCGCCGACCAAGAUGGCUAGACCCGGCAGAAUUCCUCUCGGGAGAAUUGCAGAAUCUUUUUGAAAUCUCCUACAUAGCUGAUUCACACGGAGGCAUGCCAAAAGCUUGGGGUGUGAAUAUUGAAACCAACACUUAUCCAAAGAUAUCUGAAAGGAAUCCGCAAGUACACCAGAUGAAUGGCGAUGAUACCUCAAACGAGUAUGAUGCUAUGGACAGCAGAGCUGGAUCGAUUUCCAGUAGGUCUAGCAAGGAGAGCAACGAUGAUGUUAAUGGCGUUGUCCCAGCACCAACGAGGAUGGCUGAAGAGUCGAGUGACGAAGAUGAUCUGGAUCAGAUUUCUCCUCCUAGAGUAAGUGAUGCAGCCUCACAAGCGUUUCUAACAUGUUUCUUUUUGCUUGGGAAGUAGCUCCUGGAAAUAUAGAGAUACUAAUUGAGAAAUAGGCCCUUCCAGUCCGGCCGGCUCCAAAACCUGGCGGCAGGGUAGGUCCCAAAAACAAACGUCGCAAUCGUAACAUGAAGACUUACUCAAAGAAGGGCAAAUUAGCUGCAAAAAAGCGGCCACAGCUUGAGGUUGAUUCUGAACAAGAUGCUCCUGAUGAUGGUCCCUUGAUUCGUCUUGGUGAAGGACUUGUUGUCGAUUGGAAUGACGAUGCAUGGGAUACUUUGUUUGGUGCUUACAACGAUAAAGAUGAAUCCCGUGGCAGACCCACUUAUACGAAUCUUCCUGUCCUUCACGAUCCGGAGCUUCUUUCAAAGCGUAAAGCCCGUGACACGAGAAAAAAGCAGGGUGUCACUCUCGGGGAUUGCCUUGAUGAGUUCGGCAAGGAAGAAAUUCUCUCGGAAAUGGAUACUUGGUAUUGUCCUAGAUGCAAAGAACAUCGUAGAGCAAGCAAAAAGUUCGAAAUCUGGAGAACUCCAGAUAUCCUUAUCAUGCAUCUUAAACGUUUCAGCUCUAGUGGUAUGCGAAGAGAUAAACUCGACAUUCUCGUUGAUUUCCCAAUUGAUGGGUUGGACCUUUCCUCCCGAGUUAUUGAAAAACAAGAUGGCAAAGAGGAGAUCUACGAUUUGAUAGCUGUCGAUGAUCACUGGGGUGGUAUGGGUGGAGGUCAUUAUACUGCCUUUGCGAAGAAUUUCGUCGAUGGCAAGUGGUAUGAAUAUAAUGGUAUGAAAUCUCGAAAUCAGUUAAUGUAAAUAACCGACUAACUUGUUUAGAUGCCUCUGUUUCACAAACACAAGAUCUUGACAAACUAGUCACACGUGGCGCUUAUCUUCUCUUCUAUCGAAGACGUUCAUCAGAACCCCUUGGUGGUAAAGCUUUGCAAGAAAUUACGUAUGCAUUUGACAAUGUCUCUUCGGAUGAUGAACUUUCGGGGGAAGGCCUACGCCUCGGCGGAAACUCCUCCCAACAUGGGUCGCCGAGCGCCUUGGAAGGAGUCGCAGCAGCUCACCAUCAACCAGAUCUCCCUGGUUCGGAGGAUGGCGAGGCGAUGACGACAGUAAAUCAACAGGAUCUUGAGCACGGGUCGAAUUAUGAUGUUCUUAAUCAAGGUGGUGAACCAUUUUCCGGCUUCAAUAACAUUCCCUUGCAAUAUCCAGAUAUGGACGUCCCAGAAAGUACUGAAGCUGACGAAGGUAUAGACAUGAGCGUUGAUUACAAUAAUGUUGCACCAAACAUCAAUCAACAACCAUGGAGCUGGCAACGCCUUAACCAGAAUUCUCCAACCUUUCCCUCUGGCGCAGCCUCCGAAGCCGGUGGCGAAGCUGGUAGCGUAGGUUCAGGUGAUUUCGGAGCCGGCAGCUUAGUUGGUAGCGAUGGGAUUGAACAUGGUUCCAACCCAGAUGAUGCUACCAAGGAACAGCGAGUGAAGGAAUUCAGUGACGCUUUACCUGAUGAAGAGUAUCAUCAAGAAGAUUAUAUACCCGAUACUGAUCAUAUGGGUCCAAGUACCAGUGAGAUCAUGGCAAAAUCAGCUGCGAUGAAAGAGCACAUUCGCGCACAGCAACACAAUUACGAAGUUCCGGUCGAUGAUAUUGAAGAAGACGAACUUGAGGAACCUGCUGCUGAAAUACAUGUCGAGGAAGGUGAGGGAUUGAAAGUGGAUUAAACUUCUUGCGACCUAUCAUACUUUUGUGUAUGAGUGUGUUCAUCGGGAAGCAAAGGAGUUUUGGGAUUGCUAUGUGUAGAAGUGGGCUGGUACAUUCAUUAGGUUCGGAGAGUGGAUUGAUUUGCAAAGAUGAUGUUAGUAGACAUGAACUGAAUAUGCUGUUACGACAUUUCUAUUUUUGGCUCUUAGCAUAUGGUUGAUGGAGUGAGGUGGUGGGGGUGAAAGAUAUCCGAAUGCAUGCAAUGGAAUGGAGUAAAUAUGUUUUUUUUUUACUUGGCCGGUGGGAGGCUGACGGUAGACGAAGCGGAAAUGCGGUUGAUGAAUGAAUGGAUGAAAUGGAUGCAUGCAUAAAUGUCAAGAACGAACUCUGGCUGGGAAUGAAUGGGAAUGAAGUAAAAAAAAAUAGUGACGAGAAAACGGUUCAUGUAUGUGGUCAAAUAGAAAUAUGCUUUAUGAAAGGUU